AUGGAAAAAACAAGUAUUGAUGGUGGAUUUGACAACAAUGAACCGGAAUAUGAAAAGACCCAUGAUAUAGUAAUUUUACAUAGCUAUUCAACUUUUCCUUUUCCUUUUCCUUUUCCUUUUCCUUAUGUGGAAUUGCCUGAGAAGGUAAGGUUGGCAGUUGAUGCCAUUUUAAUGGCUGAGGGUGCUGAACUGAAGGAGCAAGUUGCAGCCUGGACAGCCAAUAAGAAGCAAAUAAGUGCAUAUGCAAUUGAUUUGCGGCAAUUAAGUGCAUAUGCAAUUGUUGCAUAUGCAAUUGAUUUGCGGCAAAUUGGCGAUGUUGUUGUUCCCCCAUCUGGAUGGAAAUGUGCUAAGUGUGAUAAAAGAGAUAAUCUAUGGCUAAAUCGUACUGAUGGAAUGAUCCUUUGUGGGAGGAGAAAUUGGGAUGGAACUGGUGGUAACAACCACGCUGUUGAGCACUACAAGGAGACUGGCUAUCCUAUAGCCGUAAAGCUUGGGACAAUUACUUUUGAUCUUGAAGCUGCAGAUGUUUUCUCUUACCCAGAGGAUGAUAGUGUUAUAGACCCACUUCUAGCACAACAUUUGGCAUAUUUUGGUAUCGAUUUCUCAUCAUUGCAAAAGACUGAAAUGACCAGAAUACCAACUUUGAUUGGGAUAGAAUUCAAGAAAGUGGGCAGGAUGGUGAACCAAUUUUUAGACCAGGUUAUACAGCUGCUACAUGGCAGCAACCAUGCAAGUGAUGUUUUCAACGCAGUCAUUUUGUAG